AUGCUAGGAGAACAUUUGAAAAAUGGUCCAAGAAAUUCUUUAUAUACUAGUCCUGGUAUUCAAAAUGACAUAAUUUCUAUUUGUGGUGAAAUAAUCAAGUCAAAAAUUGUCCAAAGAGUAAAUGCUGCCGAGUGCUUUUCUGUGUUAGCGGACGAAACUACAGAUAUUGGAAGAAUUGAACAAAUGUCUGUAUGUUUGCGUUAUUAUGAUCAAAAAGAUAAAAAAAUUCGAGAAGAUUUUUUAGAAUUUACACCGGCUGUUGAUCUUAGUGGAAAAGGACUAGCAACUUUGAUAAUGGGGUGUUUACAGAAGAACAGUAUACAUUGUCAAUUUUUAGUUGGACAAGGUUACGAUAGAGCCUCUGCCAUGAGUGGAUAUUUACAUGGUGCUCAAGAAUACAUAAAAAAAGAUUUUCCCAUGGCACUUUAUGUACAUUGCAGUGCUCACUCACUCAAUCUAGCGUUGGCCAACGCCUGUUCAUUGCCCUCAAUAAGAAACUGUAUUAGCACCAUUCAAACUGUUGGAACAUUUUUUCGCUCAUCGGCUCAAAGAAGUGAAUUAUUGAGAACAACUAUUAUCGAAACUCUUUCAGAGACAAAGCAUACCACAUUAGUUGCAUUAUGUGAAACUCGUUGGGUUUAUAAGCAUGAAAGUGUCAUGCGGUUCAAAGAACUAUAUCCCGCUAUUAUUGUUGCAUUGGAAAAAUUGGAGUCAUCAAUAAAUAAAGAAACUGCUCAAAAGUCUUGUCAGUUAUUAAGUACAAUUAAAGACGCUAAAUUUGUUAUACCUCUCUCGAAGCAUGCAAUCAUGUUGAUGAUGUGUUAG